AUGUUGGUGACAUUAAAAACACUACAGCAAUUAUCUUUCCAAAUAGAAAUUGACCCGGAAGAAACUGUAAAAGCACUCAAACUUAAAAUCGAGGUUGAAAAGGGUAAAGACUAUGCAGCAGACUAUCAGAGGCUUAUUUAUGCGGGAAAAAUUUUGCUUGACGAUAAUAAAAUAAGCACCUAUAACAUAGAUGAGAAAAAAUUUAUUGUCAUAAUGGUAACUAAGCCUAAAGCAAGUGAAACACAAGCAACGUCUACUUCCACACCUGAAGCUGGAGAACAUGCAUCGACUGAAGCUGGUGAAAGUAAAGAGAAAAGUACUGUAGAAGAAGCUCCUAAGCCACCAGUAUCAGCUGAGCCUGAACGUACUCCGGAGCCUACUACGCCAGUGGCUUCUGCUGAACUCGACUUUGAAUCAACUGUCCAAAGCAUCAUGGAUAUGGGUUACAACAGACAGCAAGUAGAACAGGCCUUGAGAGCAUCUUUCAACAAUAGAGAACGAGCUGUAGAAUAUUUAAUCACUGGCAUACCUGAAGAGUUGCUUCAAGAACAGGAAGCAGAAGAAAGUUCUGAUGAUGAUCCCUUGGCUUUCUUACGUGAUCAGCCUCAGUUUCAACAAAUGCGUGCAGUAAUUCAACAGAAUCCAAGUUUGUUGAAUACUGUUCUGCAGCAGAUAGGACAGACAAAUCCUGCACUUUUGCAAGCUAUCAGCCAACACCAGCAAGCUUUUGUGAGAAUGCUUAAUGAGCCUGUCAAUCCACCAUCUGGAGGAGCAGCUGCUGAAGAGAGUGUGGCUGAUAACCAACUUCCACAACCACCACAAAAUGUUAUUCAGAUUUCACCCCAAGACAAAGAAGCUAUUGAACGGUUAAAAGCACUUGGCUUUCCAGAACAUAUGGUUAUUCAAGCAUAUUUUGCAUGUGAAAAAAAUGAAAAUCUUGCAGCAAAUUUUCUUUUAUCCCAGAAUUUUGAUGAUUAA